AUGUCUUUUGAUAUUGAGUGGUCGAAAUUGGACAAGGAACUUGCAGGGCAUGUGCAGCAAUUUCUGAAUGACCACUUUCAAAAGAUUACUAAACCUUCGUUUAUCGGAGACAUUGAAGUCACCAGCUUUGAAUGGGGCCACGAAACGCCAACCAUCGAGAUUACCAACAUCACCGAUCCGUUUCCCGAAUUCUAUGAAGAAGAAGACGACGACGACGUUCAAGAACAAAGCAUCAAGCCACCCCACGAUGAUACCCAUUCUGUCCCCAUGUCUAUGCCUUCCAGUCACCCGGCCUCCACCGCGAGUGAAGUGGAUCCAGACUCGGCAUCGGUGUCUUCACGUCCUCCUCCCCUCGUAUUGCCUCUCUCGCAGCAACAGCGAUUUAAUCUCAUGCAUUCUUUUCAUCGGUCUCCCCUUGUCGCUCCUCAACAUCCAUUCAGCAGUACACCCAACUACUACUUUUCUCCCACGUCCACAUCGCCGACAUCGGGAGCGGCCGUUUCUCCACGCUGGAUGUCCCGUCGUCCGUCUACCACCUACGAAGAAGAUAUGAUUGAUGACGACGAACGACUGCUCAUGCAAGCCAACCCAGCAGCCCCAUCGGUUCAAUCGAUGCAGUCGCAAAAGGAAACGCAGAUGGAUUUCCAAGCUCACCUGCUGAUUUCGUAUACGGGCGAUAUGAGUAUGACGUUACUGACCGAAUUGCGCAUGAAUUAUCCUUCCAUGAUGUUCAUGAGUUUACCUAUCCAAUUGUGUGUUCGGCGCAUCGAAUUUGAAGCCACAGCGGUGGUGGCGUAUAUUCAAAGCAUGAAUCGCGUCUGUGUAUCCAUGCUGGAACCUGUUAAUGAUGGAUCUGGUUUUCGAAAAGAUGUGGGAUUGGAAAGUUUAUUAAAAGAUGUACAUAUUGAAUCCAUUGUCGGCGACAAACAAAAGCAAGUGUUGAAGAAUGUAGGAAAAAUCGAGAAAUUCAUUGUGGAUCAACUGCGCAAAAUGUUGGACGAUGAGCUGGUCUUCCCUUCAUAUCAGUGCAUUCUCAUGGAUCAUUAA